CUGUGACAGAAGACUUUUCAUCCAUCAAACAGAUGUAUUGGACAACUUAGUCAUUACUAGACCUUUUUGGGAUAUUCAAUUCUCAGCUCUUAGUUUGUAUGCAUGGGAGGAUCAUCACGAACUAAAACUCAACUUAUGUAGUAAGACAUUUGGCAGGCACUGAUCCACAGAGGUCUUGAUCAGAACAUGUUUGCUAUUUUAGUUGUUUAGACUUUAGAGAACAUAGGAUUUAUGAGAGGAAAUCUCUGAAGGUUGACCAACCGAAUUAGGUCAUUAGCAGUUUGUGACUUGGCAUUAAGAUAAUUUUCCACACUGAGUGUUGUUUCUUCUUCAAAAAUAGCUCCAUCAUUGCUCUAGAGUGACGUAUUAUUUUCUGCAUAAGGUUCUCCAGCAAUUGGGGAGAGAAAAAACAAAAUUCUGAUCAGAGUUUGGCCAUCUUAGAUACUUCCGGUGAACUUGUGAUGUAAGCCAUCUAGUUCUGCAUGCUAGUAUCAGUUGAAACUGUCUUCGUGGCUUUGAUCCAACAAACUCAUCCUUUAUGCAUUAGAUAUGUCAAUUGGCUUCUCUUUCUCAUUUCACUCUACUGCGAUCUUGCUAAAUCUCAUGUCACAGUACUACCGUUCGGAUGAUAAAUCAAUCAAUUGAGACCACAUGUUCAAAAAUAUUUUUUUAAAGAAAAUACAACUAUAUAAGAAUAUAAAAUAUACCAAAAAAUAUGGGAUCAUUUUAAACAUCUUGAGUUAUAAUUUUAUCAAGGCAUAAGAUAAUUUAUGAUUUUGAUUCCAAGAUUGCAGGAUCUCUUUCAUUUUUUUUUUUCAUAUUGUUAACAAUCUAAAGAUAGGAUUAUCCAUGAUGACUAAUAUAAAGAGGACUAAAAAUUUUUUCAUUGUUUUACAAUCACUUCAAAACCAGUCUGCUCUGACUGGACCGAUUGGUUCUUUUGAUGCACAGUAAACUGAUAGAUUGAACCCAGUUUAUUCUGAUUGUUUUAUCAUUUUUGAAGCAAUUGGUAAAUUGGACAGAUCAGAAGUCCACUUCUCAGUUUUUCAUUUGGUGCAGCCUGUCUGGUUCAUUUAUCAGUAUGAAUAGAUAGAGAACAGGGGAGGUGUUCAGCUUUCUCUUUUAAGUACAGAAAUGGUCCGGUCUUCAUAGAAGAGGGAAAGAGGCCAUAGAAAAUAUAUAGAAAGUUAAAAGGAAAAGGUUGCAUUCUCUUAAUUUUCUGUGCCUAUCAUGGGAAUCCUUAGGAAAAGCUCUUGGUUACGAGGAAAGCAUGUUUUGUCUUCUUCAUUCCAGUGGCAAUGCAUCUAUAAGAUCAACCAAAGCAUCUCUCUUUUGAUUUUUGUGCAGCUCAGUAAUACUCAAAGCAACUGUAAUUUGAUUUUAUGAAAAUUCUUGGAUUCUUAUAUGCUUUCCUGGGAAUGCUACAUAUUACUUUUUGCUACUAUUUUCUAUUUUCACAAUUUCUUAUAUUCAUUUUCACUGCAAUAUACAAUAACAAUUCAUUCAACAUCUAGCAAACUACUAGAUGUCCAAUAUCAACAAAAAACAAAACUUUUAUAAAUGAAAUCAUGCAUUGUGUAUAAUUCUAUGUUAUAAUUGGUGCUCCUUGUCGUAGAUCAGUGCUUCUUAACAAAUGUGUAUAUUGACACCACCAUAGAUUGGAUUUUAUGGAAUGAAAGACAUACAUCUGAGCUAUGAACAAACAGAUCUUGAUGACCUCUUCCCCUAGUAUGACAUGGAGUUAGCUGCACACUGAAAUCAUCUGGUUUGAUCCUCAAUGCAUCUGAUCAUAUGAAACCAAGGUCCAGGAUUCUCUUAGUUUUUUUCCUUGGAUAUAUACAGUGGGGCCUCUUGUUAUGCUACUCAACCAUAUCAAUGGAAAUCCAAUAACUUUGAUGCACUUAAAACCUUUGGGAGGUUAAUCAAAGGAAAUCCAAUAACUUCAAUGAACUUAAGCAUUUGGCAAGAAGAUAAUGGAUGAAAGUGGUGGCUAAACAUCCAAAAAGUCGCUUGAGUUAUUUACAUCUGCUUUGGAAACCUCACAGUAUUGACAAGAGAUCAAUGAACAGAGUUUCAAUGGGGUAUUGCUGAUUGGAACCAUCCUUUUGUGGAUCAUUAGGCCUAAUCUUCUCAACAGUGGCCCUGCCACAUUUGCUGAAGAUUUCAUCGAGAAGACGAGGAGCUUCUUUGCCAGUUGAUGCCAUCAAAGUGAAAUCCCUCUCAUCCUUCUAUCAGUGGCUUUCUUAUGCAUAGCAGUUGGAACUCAAAUCUUGGAGUGUAUGUGGCUGAACUCAAUGCUGGACUGGAUUUGCUGACCAAUAUACAAAUUGCUAUAUGCUUGUAAGUAAUGGGGUAUGGGAAUGGAAAUUGACCAAGAAAUGAAGAGGGAACAAGGACUUCAUGGUGGAUCAAUGAAAAUGGAAGAAGAUGGCAGUACUGCACCUGAACUUGUAGCAAAUUGAUGAGAUUAAACAGGGACUUCAAUUCAGACAAAUUAUAAUGGUUUCUCUUCAUGACAGAUGAAGAUAUGAUACAAAAGUGUAUAGAUAUUGUGCUGGACUGUAGAUCAGCUGCCGAUUAUGUUUAGUAGAAUAAUAUGCAUGAUAUAAAGAUGAGCAAAUAUAGAUUCGGAAGCCUACAUGUGAUUACUGUUUACCACGAUUGAUAUGGAAUGUUACGGAGAUUCACAGUAGAUUAUAUCUGAACAGUUGAAGUUUAUGUCAAUUAAAGUUCAGUCUCUGAUGUGCUUACAGCAUUAAACAGCUACAGAACAUGGGAAACUUAAUCUAAUAUUAACCACUGGAGACUCAGUUCAUGUCUUUGAGUUCAUUCAGAAGAAAUAAAAAAAAACGAACGUAUACAUAUCUAGAUUUAUAGUGUCUCAAAUUCUUGACUUAAUUCAGACAUGCUUUUGUAUAUGCUGUAGAAUAUGUGUAGGAACUUUUACUUGAAGAUGGGAAAGCCAGUUGGUCAUGUUCUGAAAAAGAGAGAUUAAUGAAAAAGGAGCAUAAAGAUGCAACAAAGAUUACCUGGGGCAUGUUCGUGUUGGUGUUUCAAGACUUCAUAUUGAUGAGCAUGGCACUUCUCUUUUCAUGUGCAUCUAAGAGCAUCUCUUGCUGCAGAAACAGUCUCAAUCUCACCAAAAUUUUUGACCUAAACAAUGGAGGAUUUGUGAGCUUUUGGCAUUACAAACAUAUCUGAUUUGCCUGUCUGAGACAAUUUUCCUUUUCUAUAUCAUACUGCAUUGUUCUCUCUGAGGUUGUCAAAUACCUCCCUGCUAGAUAUACAUACCGAAACAAUAUGUUUACUUUGUCAAUUUCGAUCGUACUCAUGUAGAGAUUUUUAAAUAUCUCCAUUUGAGUCAUCUAGACAUAUUAAGAUACUUUGAUUCUCAUGAUUCUGCAACUAGCAACAAAUGUAUGGAACUGUAAGAUUAUGAUUUAUGUAUCUUGUUCAUAACAGUUUCAGCUACUUAGAUAUGUCAAUGUCUUAAUGAUACUUGCUGGUCCACAUGCAGGGUUUGGUGACACUCCGCGAUACUGCCCCUAUCUUUGGAUCUCCCAAAUCUGAGCUUGAAAGUACCACCACAAAUCAGCACCUCUUACUUUGUCACAAGUCUUUCUUCAAGGAAGAACAAUAACUCAAAACAAUUUCCAGAGUGCAGCUUAGAAUCAGACAUUAUAUACAUAAUGGUUAUGCAACCAAUACUUACUGGAGAAGAAUUAGAAAAGUUUGAAUCAGUAAUGCUUCAUCCCCAUGGGGUAUGUGAUUGAUUGCCAUAUCAAAAUUCUUCAGAGAUAAGAAAGCUGUGACAUUGCCAUGAAGCAUAUGGGACAAGGUUAUCAUACUGUGGGCAAAUUCUCUUCUUUGUUAAGAAGAUUCUUUUAGCAAAAAUAGAUCUUUCUUCUUGUACAUGUGGUCUGUAAUACUCUUCUGCAAACAGUGAUUUCUUAUUAUUCAUAAUAUUUUGUCAUCUACAGUGUACUGAUGGUUAUAUUUUCCCUCUUUCCUGAUGAACAGCCAUUUUGUUCUUGGCAGUGCUCGGUAUGUAUCUUGCAAACCGAGUCAUCCAAUGUCCUGUGAAGUGAGUUGAGGCAGACGCAACAAAAUGUAGCUCUUUUGGACUCCUGCGAUUGGCCGCCACAAUGGUCUUCUCUCAAUCCCUCGUGGCGUUUGUGAGAUCAUCAACCGGUGAAGGUGUUGGAAUCUCCUGCUGUGUCGCGCCGGGCAGCGAACUGGAAACGCCGGCGAGGCCCGGAGCGAACCCCGAACGGUGCCUUAUCCGCUGUGGGCCCCGCUCGCCGUCUUCUAUGGUCGUACGCCGUCCGAUCCGAAGCAUCGGACGGUUGCGGUCUCGUCCCACGCGAACCCGCGUCCGCUUAUCCGCGUUGGAAGCAUGGAGAGGAGGAGCGAGAGAAGGGUGAAGAGAGAAAGGGGAGAAAAGAGGGGGGCAGGCCAUCGCCGUGGACGAGGAGUCCGCCCCGUGCUAGUUUCUCCCCCUGCCUCUCCAGUUCGCCGAACCGAAUCAUGGAGGGAAAGCCUCGGCGCGCCGCGCUGGUUUUCCUGGUCGCCUUUGUUGCCGUGGCGGCGGGCUCGCCGGCCUGCCCCAGGCCCUCCGUCGUAGACACGAUCCUGGGUCGGCCGGACUCUUGCUGGGAUUCGGAUUCUACGCUGCCUCUCGGUGCUUAUCAGAUCGGCGUCGUUGAGGGAGAUGAAGCUGCUUUGCAGAAGGCAUCGAGUCUGGUGCAAAAGAACAGGGAGGACUAUGUGGCCCUGCUCUUUUAUGCAUCCUGGUGUCCUUUCUCUAAAAUUUGUCACCCAAAUUUCCAGAUCUUGUCUAACUUAUUUCCAACCAUCCGUCAUUUUGCAUUUGAAGAAUCUGUUAUCAGGCCAAGCUUACUAUCAAGAUAUGGAGUGCAUGGUUUUCCAACCCUUUUUCUUCUAAAUUCAACUAUGAGGGUGCAGUAUCACGGUUCACGAACCAGAAAUUCUCUAGUUGCUUUUUACAAUCAUGUAACAGGUGUCGGUCCAUCACCGAAACUGGUCUUCCUGGAUAAUGUUAUGGAUCCGCCAGAUGAUACUGAGCUCAAAGAAGACAUGCAGGAAAACUGCCCAUUCUCAUGGGCAAGAUCACCAGAGAAACUGCUGCAGCAGGAUGGUUAUUUGGCACUUGCAAGUGGUUUCCUGCUGAUGAGGCUGCUUUACUUCCUUCUUCCGAGACUUAAUGCAUGUUUUCAGCGAGCUUGGAGGAGGCAGAUGCGAUAUGCGAGCGUGAGGAAUCUCUGGAACUAUUUCCAGGCAUACACUGAACAAGCAAAGCGGGAAGGCAGUAGGUUGCAUCCAUGCGAGCGGCAUCAUCUGCAGGAAGGUGCAAUGAGUGCCAGAGCCUGGGCUUCCCAGUCAUUAGCGUCGGUCACUCUUGGCGAACCUAGUUCUGGGAGAGCAUUCUCGACAGGUCGAGAAAAAUUAGGCCAAGAUGCGGCUGGUUGGCUUUAAUUGUUUGUAUAGUUGAUUACGUAGUCAAGAUCCGUUUUGUGUUUUGGUUAUUGGUUGCAACAAUUCUUCCGCAUUCUCUUUUACUCCAAGAUGCUCAAAUUUGCUCAGUAAUCCCUGUUGGUUGAUGAUGUUACUGGUUGCAACAAACAAUUCUUCCUUGUUGAUGAUGCUAUUUUUUGGACA